ACCCUGUUAGCACGCCAUGUUUGUGCGACAGCUGCUGUCAAAUUGACGUUCGCUUGAUUCGCCUCUCUUUCGCUCUUUCUUCUACGAGCGUUCGCCACACAAGAUGACGAAAGGUACCUCGAGUUUUGGUAAACGCCACAAUAAGACGCACACCCUGUGCCGUCGUUGUGGCCGAUCCUCCUAUCACAUUCAGAAGUCCACUUGCGCCCAAUGUGGUUACCCCGCAGCCAAGUUGCGUUCAUACAACUGGUCCGUGAAGGCUAAGAGGAGGAAGACAACUGGCACUGGCCGCAUGAGCUAUCUGAAGGUUGUUCGUCGUCGUUUCCGCAACGGAUUCCGCGAAGGCACCCAGGCUAAGCCCAAGAAGGCGCAGUCCGGCAAAUAGGCGCAAAGCUAACUGGGCUAGCCGCAAACGCUCUAAUUAACUACAACAAAUUAGCAUCAGCAGCAGCAGUACAGUAAA